CUCCCACGUGAACACUCCAAGAUUCAACCAGCACUCGUGGCUGGCGUUUCCUGCCCUUCGGGGGGCCUACAAACACGUCCAGCUUCACAUCGAAUUUCGACCAGAAUCGUUCGACGGAAUCCUGCUGCUAACGGGCGAGCGGGAUGAUCUGACUGGAGAUUUUAUGGCCCUGCUGCUGCACCAAGGAUUCGUGGAGUUUUGGUUCGAUUGUGGCUCCGGAACGGGGCGGGUCCGGUCGGAGGAAACGAUUGUGCUGAACCAGUGGAACUCGAUCACCAUCUAUCGGCACCGGUGGGACGCGUGGCUGGUGCUGAACCAGGGCAACCGAGUGCAGGGACGAUCCAAGGGCCUGUUCUCUCGAAUCACGUUCCGUGAGCCGGUGUACCUGGGCGGAUUCGGAAACAUCACUGGACUGGACAAGAAGCUGCCCGUCGGCAAUGGCUUCACCGGGUGCAUCCGCAAGUUUGUGGCCAACGAUCAUGACUACAACUUCCAGCCGGCAGCCGUCACGCCCGGGGACGUGACGCGAGGGUUUGACAUCCAGGAAUGUGUCACCGAUCGGUGCAGCCGGUAUCCGUGUCAGCACGGUGGCAAGUGCCUACCCUCGGAUGAUGGCGCCAUCUGUCUCUGUCCGCUGGGAUUCGGCGGUGAUUUAUGCGAGAUGAGGCUGGAUCUGCAGGUGCCUUCCUUUAAUGGGUCCUCCUACCUGCGGUACGCCCCCCUCGGUGAUAGCUGCAUCAUUUGGUUCGAGCUCAAGAUUAUCAUCAAACCACUGCUCGAGGACGGACUGCUGCUGUACAGUGGCCACCACGAUUACGGGGACUACAUCUCGCUGUGUCUGAACAUGGGCUACGUCGAGUUCACCUUCGACCUGGGCAGCGGACCGGCCACGGUGAGGAGUGAGUUCCCGCUGUCGAUGGGGCAAUGGCAUACCAUAAAGGUUUCCAGGACAUCAAGGCUAGCAGUGUUAAAGAUCGAUCAGCUGCCGGAAGUGAUGACGGUCUCGCCGAACGGAUUCUGGCAUCUGUCGCUGCCGCACAGCCUGUACCUGGGCGGGGUGCACAACAUCCACACGCUGCCGAUGAGCCUCCGGGACAAGGGCUCCUUCGCCGGGUGUGUUCAAAAGGUCGACAUCAACGACCGCACCAUCGCGAUCAUCUCGGAGGCGCUCGGCGGCUCGAACGUGGAGAACUGUCCGCACGCGUGCGUCGCCCGGCCGUGCGGCCCGCUGGCCAAGUGCGUGCCGAACCUGGACAGCUACGAGUGCCAGUGCAACCCGCAGAACAAGCAGUGCAACAAGGCGGAGGAGCUGCCCCCGGAGGUCAUCGAGGCACCUGCCACUUCGAAGCAGCGGGUAAGAGUGGAGGAGAAGCAGCGUGUGACGAGAAGGUACGAGCUGGAAGAGUACGAGGAUGAGGAGGAUGAUGAGAGAUCAACGACAACGACGAUGGCACCGACGACGCAGGUGACGAAGAGUGGUUCGGGGGAGAGCUCUGAGGAUGAGUACUAUUACUAUGAGUACGAUGAUGAGGAUUCGGGGGGGGCGGAGGUUAGGAAGGAUGAUGUUGUGGUGAAGGAAAGUGAGAAGAUAGUGCUGAAAGUGGAGAGGAAGAACGAAGAACCGGAAGUUACGACCAGUGCUGGAAUCGAUUAUGAAGACAAGGGUCGAGUCGGGGUGAAGAGCUUAGCCGAAGAUGGUCAAAGUUAUUACUCGGAGGAGGACGGUGACAGUGAUGACGAUGAUUAUGAUGACGAGGGGAGCAACUUGGUGGAGAGUGAGUCAAAGAAGAAAUACCAGAAGAAAGUGGAAAAACUGUCAUCUUUUGAUAAGAAACCGCGGAAAUUUUCCACUGUAAACAAGGUGGACGUCAGCGGCAGCAGUGGUGUCGCAAAUGACGCCCAAGACGACGCCGGAUACAAUCAAGAUUACGAUCGCAACGGUGACAGAAUACCGUACCGUCCGGAUCUGCUGGUGCGGAAGGCGGAAAAUGAGCAGCCACAACCGCGAAGUGGUCGGGGGAAGCAGAGACGGCCGGAACCGGAGCGCGAUACCGACAUUGAUGAAAUAUUAAUCGAAGAGAUGAGCAGAAUAAUGAAAAACAAGGACGACGACGACGUCGGUGAAGAAGAGGACGCGGGAGAUGUUACGGAUGUCGCGGAGGAUGACAACAGCUGGAGCUACGGAAUGGGUGACGAGGAACUACGCCACGCUGGGGCCUCAAUUGGACCGGCUUCACUGGACGACACCCCAGAACAAAACCUGGUAGAGGAGGAGGAAGAAAACAACGACGACGACGACGACGAUGAAAAGAACAAACCUAACCUAGAAAAAAGUGCACCACCCACCGAGGAGAGCAGCCUUCUCCAACAACAACAACAGAAAGCAAGGGAGAAGCAAGUCCUCGAACAGGAACAGCACGAGGACGAGGUGGUUCGGAAAGCGGAAGCGGCAGCGGCGGCCAAGUACAAGGGCAAGUACUUCCGAAGGCGCUAUCAGGGGGCCUGCUUCACCGGGACGGAAAGUUACUUCCACUACAGCGACGCGGAAACGAUGCGCCGGGUGAUCAGCUACGAGAUUGAUUUGAACCUGCGCUUCAAGACGCACUCGGCGAACGGGUUGAUCCUGUGGACGGGACGGCACAGUGCGCUCGAAGGGGAUGAUUUCCUGUCGCUGGGCGUGGAGAAUGGCUACCUUCACCUGCGAUACAAUCUGGGCUCCGGCGAAAUUAAUAUCAAAUAUAACUCAACCAAAGUCAGUGACGGCCUGUGGCACCGCGUGAGAGCUCUAAGGAAUUCGCAAGAGGGCACGCUGAAGGUGGACGGUGGAAAGCCAAUCACCAGGAGGUCACCUGGGAAGCUGCGGCAGCUCAACACGGAUACCGGGCUGUAUGUGGGUGGCCUCCCGGCGGCCCCGUUCUACACCCGCCAGCGGUACACGGCCGGCAUCGUGGGCUGCAUCUCCGAGCUGAUACUGGCCGGCGAGCUGCGGCUCAACUUCGACUCGACGAUACUGGGCACGGCGCACAACGUCGAACCGGGCGCCCCAUGAAGGUGAAUUUAGGACGACGGCGAGCGUCCCGGCGGCUGGUGGCAGCAGAAGCGGCUCGCUGGCAGCACUGCCGCCAUCAACACCAGCAGUAACAUCAAUUGAACGUCCAUGCGUAGUUAUUCAGCGUGUGAGUGAGAUGAGGGUACGAGUGAGCAGGAAGAGGAAAAACGGGAGAGUAGCAUUAGUAAAUAGAGAGUCAUUGGAGUGUUUGAGAGUGAGUGAAGAACGGUGAGAGAGUGAAAGCACGAAUGAGUCCAAUUAAACUACACACCGAUUUAGACUAAAUGAAUUUUUUAUAUAAGAUGAAAAACAUUUAGGAUUAAAACUAGUAUUUAAGGCCUUAGGUACUGAUAAAAUGUAAUAUUUAGUGUUUGUAAGUGGUAGGAAUUUUGAGUUUGAAGGCUUUGGCGAGGCUAAGUACAAUGGAAUAGAUUGUGAGUUUAAUUUUCUUGAAUAAAGCAGAAACAACAAUUUAAUUUUGAAAAAUACAUUUUUUGUACCGAUUGAGACACCCAUCAGAGAUUGCAUCGGAAGAAGAAAAUGCCGUCAAAUAUAUGUAACAAAAGUUUUACCGACCAAAAAGCGAAGUGGUCAGAAAUCCCAGUCAACAAACCGAAAACCAUUUAAGUCAAUUCAUAUCUCCGCCUUGGGCAAUAAAUACUCUUCUUGCCUUUUGUUUUCCUGUUUUAGUUCCGCUUCAAGUUUGUUCCGUAAAAAGUGAAACAAAAGUAUAUCGACGACAAGCAAAAAAAGAACGUGAAAGAUAAACGAGAACAAUAACAACAUCAUAUCAAUGCGAAACUAUUUCAAUAAAUCGAAAGCGGCAUCCUGAUCUGUGUGAGUGUGGAAGGGCACUCACAAAACAGUUAUACAACUCACUCAUUGCACGUUCGUCUACCUACAUGUUGCUUACCAAUGCUUCUUGUUUGAAAGUUCUUAAGUUAUUCUAUUGUAUAGUUGAAAGACGCAUAAUACUUUAUUUAGCCCUUAAAAGUCUAACAAAACGCUGCUGGAAACCAAAUAUAACUAAAAACCUUAAUUUAAAAACGACUAAUGAAAACAAUUUUGUAUGAAACAAUACAGGGAAAACAGCUAAACAACACACGUACUCAAAAACAAAGGCAACAGAAAGCGAUUCAAACUUUGAUUGUGGACCUCUGGUGAAAAUACAAAGCAAACACGUUUUCUGAUGGUUUUGGUUAGCCCUGGUAUUGUCAUACAUUUCAAGUGCUUUACAAAAAAAAAAGAGAGAUGAAAAAAAACUUUAACCAACUUUAACAAUAGAACGUGUGUGCGUGGAGGUGGAAGCGCUAGUCGUCACGAAUACAUGCAAACAAAAGGAGCGUCGACAGAGGCAAACUAAUACAGAUGCUGUAGGAAAGGAAAACAAAACAAAACACACACAUAAAACGGUAAAUGUAGCAAAACUCAACAAAACGAGUAUCUGUUAACUGUGCUUGGGCGCAUUCGUGCAGGCGAAAUAAAGUGUAGGAAAUAUUUUUUCAGUUAGCGUUAGCCAUAGUGAAAAAGAAGAAGUAAAACAAAAACAGACAGAAAGUAAAAAAGAAAACAUUUAAAAUGUCGUCAGGUAUUUACAACGGUAGCGAAAGAGAU